GCUCUUCUUGUGAAAGACCUUGCACAGGCUCUUCAUACUCUCAUCUCAGCAUGGAGGCUUCCCUGUGCUUUGCGUUGCUGGUUUUCUUUCCAGCGUUCACAUCAACCGUCGUUCUCCCUCAGAAGAGGUCUGCGCAGGGGCAUGGCAGCGAUCUGGAGAUCUACAGCUUCCACGUGGACUGCAAGGUCACCUCCCGCUUCGCCCACAAUGUGCUCACCAGCCGCAUGGCCAAUCGAGCCAACGCGUCCAGAGAGGUCACCUUCGACGUGGAGCUGCCCAAACAUGCGUUCAUCAGCAACUUCAGCAUGACCAUCGAUGGCAAGACGUAUGUUGGUGUGGUGAAGAAGAAGGAAGAGGCCAAGCAGCAGUAUGAUCAGGCCGUGUCCCGGGGGCACAGCGCUGGACUGGUCAAAGUCUCCGGGAGGAAGAUGGAAGAGUUCAAGGUGUCGGUGAACAUCGCGGCGCUCAGCAAGGUCACCUUUGAGCUCACCUACGAGGAGCUGCUGAAGCGACACCUGGGGAAGUACGAGCUCGCCAUCAAAGUGCGGCCGCAGCAACUGGUCAAACACUUCAAGAUCGAUGCUCAUAUCUAUGAACCUCAGGGCAUUAGCUUUUUGGAUGUGCACGCAGCAUUUCUAACUAACGACUUGGCAGAGACAGUGAAGAAGACAUUAACCCAGGACAAGGCCCACGUUGUGUUUGAACCAACACUGGACCAGCAGCGCAAGUGUCCGGAAUGCUCUGAAAGCAUCUUAGACGGAGAGUUCAUCAUUAAAUAUGACGUGAAGAGAGAAGCAUCAGCAGGAGAUAUCCAGAUCGUGAACGGAUACUUUGUUCACUAUUUUGCGCCCACGGAUCUGCCGAGGAUGCGGAAGAAUGUGGUAUUCGUGAUAGACCGCAGUGGCUCCAUGCACGGGAAGAAAAUGCAGCAGACUCGGGAAGCUCUUCUGAAGAUCCUAGAAGACAUUCAUGAAGAUGAUCAUUUCGGCUUGAUAACGUUCGACAGCGAGGUCUCGACUUGGAAAAGUACUUUAGUUCAAGCUACUCCCGAGAUGGUGCAGCAGGCCAAAACUUUCGUGGGCCGCAUUACAGACCGAGGAGUAACCGAUAUAAACGCAGCUGUUCUGAAAGGAGUGGAAAUGCUGAAGAUUUCCAAGGAGGAGAGGAAGCUCCCUGAACGCAGCGUCUCCAUUAUCAUUCUGCUGACUGAUGGCGAUCCCACAUCCGGCGUCACUAACCUGGAGCAGAUCCAGUCCAAUAUAAAGAAAGGGAUUGAAGGCCUCUACACGCUGUACUGCCUGGGCUUUGGCUUUGACGUUAAUUACAACUUCCUGGAGAAGCUGGCUCUGGAGAACGGGGGCGUGGCUCGGCGGAUCUACGAAAGCUCUGACUCCGCCUUGCAGCUCCAGGGGUUUUAUGAAGAGGUGGCGACCCCUUUGCUGCAGCAGGUUGAGCUGCAGUACCCGGGCAACGGGGUCUCUGAUCUGACAGAAAAUGUUUUCAGACAUUACUACAACGGCUCCGAAAUUGUGGUCGCUGGACGUAUUUCCAAAAACGACCUGGAGAUACUGAGCGUACAGAUAAAAGCAGGGGCAGCCAGCAGCGACCUGACCCUCGCAGCCGAGACGCCGGUGGAGGAGCAGGACGAAGCUGUGAAGAAGCACAAGUACAUUUUCGGAGAGUACAUCGAGAGGCUCUGGGCUUACCUGACCAUCGAGCAGCUGCUGUCAAAGAUUGUUUCAGCUCAGCCUGAAGAGCGCGAAGCCCUCAAUGAGAAAGCUCUGCAGCUCUCUCUGAACUAUAACUUUGUGACUUCGCUGACAUCGAUGGUGGUGACCAAACCUGAGGAAGGGCAAACGGACCGAACCAUGGUGGCACACAAGCCAACUGAAGCAGAGCAAGGAGACAGACUUGACUUCAGUCACCAUGGAGGAGGAUUCGGAGUGGGUGCAGCAGGAGUACCGUUUGGUCCAGGUGGUCCCCUAGGCAGACCACACGGAGGAGGAUUCGGAAUGGGUGCAGCAGGAGUACCGUUUGGUCCAGGUGAUCCCCUAGGCAGACCACAGGGAGGAGGAUUCGGAAUGGGUGCAGCAGGAGUACCGUUUGGUCCAGGUGAUCCCCUAGGCAGACCACAGGGAGGAGGAUUCGGAAUGGGUGCAGCAGGAGUACCGUUUGGUCCAGGUGAUCCCCUAGGCAGACCACAGGGAGGAGGAUUCAGAAUGGGUGUUGCAGGAGUACCGUUUGGUCCAGGUUAUCCCCUAGGCAGACCACAAGGAGGAGGAUUCGGAAUGGGUGCAGCAGGAGUACCGUUUGGUCCAGGUGAUCCCCUAGGCAGACCACAGGGAGGAGGAUUCGGAAUGGGUGCAGCAGGAGUACCGUUUGGUCCAGGUGAUCCCCUAGGCAGACCACAGGGAGGAGGAUUCGGAAUGGGUGCAGCAGGAGUACCGUUUGGUCCAGGUGAUCCCCUAGGCAGACCACAAGGAGGAGGAUUCAGAAUGGGUGUUGCAGGAGUACCGUUUGGUCCAGGUUAUCCCCUAGGCAGACCACAAGGAGGAGGAUUCGGAAUGGGUGCAGCAGGAGUACCGUUUGGUCCAGGUGAUCCCCUAGGCAGACCACAGGGAGGAGGAUUCGGAAUGGGUGCAGCAGGAGUACCGUUUGGUCCAGGUGAUCCCCUAGGCAGACCACAGGGAGGAGGAUUCGGAAUGGGUGCAGCAGGAGUACCGUUUGGUCCAGGUGAUCCCCUAGGCAGACCACAAGGAGGAGGAUUCGGAAUGGGUGCAGCAGGAGUACCGUUUGGUCCAGGUGAUCCCCUAGGCAGACCACAGGGAGGAGGAUUCGGAAUGGGUGCAGCAGGAGUACCGUUUGGUCCAGGUGAUCCCCUAGGCAGACCACAGGGAGGAGGAUUCGGAAUGGGUGCAGCAGGAGUACCGUUUGGUCCAGGUGAUCCCCUAGGCAGACCACAAGCUCCAUUUCCAACCCAUACAGCUCAACAGCCAACCCAUGCAGCAGAUGAAAACCCGCAGUUUGUAAUCCCAGUGAAAAAUAAACAGCGGUCCGUGUGCUUUGAGAUCACUGCUCCUUCCGACGGUGUCAUUCUGCAGCUGGUCAGUGAUGCAGACUCAGGGAUCACGAUCAACGGAGAGCUGGGAGAGGCUGGGAAAAGUGCAUUCCAAAAGAUAGGAAUUGUUUACAAAGAUCUGUACGAAAUAGAGUUUAACACACAAGGACUCUCCCUGGUCAAUAAAACUGAUAAUUCCAUUCAAACACUGAGCUGGAGCCCUAUGAACAUCGUGUCGGACAGCCUCUCUCUAUCCUCUUCAAACGGGAGGACCACUGAAGUGACUCUGGGGAGCACGGUCAUUGAGGUUUUACUGCAUCGUUCAAGACAAGACUUUCUGUGGCUCAAAAUAAAACUGAAUGAUUUCUCUGCAGGAAGCACUGGGCUGCUGGGUCGGUUUUCUAGACAGUUGUAUGUAAAAGAAGGUAGAAUUGGCAGUAAAGUCUUGAUUGAAGUAUAUGGGCACGAUGUGACUGUGACCAGGGAUUUCACAAUCGAUUACGGAACGCUGUCUAAAGACAGAGUCUCUUGCUGGGUUGUCCCAGACGGUGGACGAGGAGCAAUCGACGGCUCUUACAGCGACUACGUUGUCCAGACUUUGUUUCAAAAACCAUAAAAGCCUUUCAAUGCUUACUGUUUUGAUGAUUGGCUGACAAACCAAUAAAAGACAAAUCUGUAUACUCUU